GCAUAGUACUAGUAGUGCCAAUGGUUCAUGUAGUCGGCGAUGAAGUCAACGCCUAUCCGAGGUUUACGGAGCUUUUUUGGUGAGCGCUGUAUCCACGUUGUACGUGGUCUUUCAAGAAGACCUCCCGCGUGAUGAUGUCGGGACACGAUGGGACUACGAUGAUGGGUAGCUCGUCCUCCUCGGGAUCGCGACCGCAUUACCCCAGAGGACGAGGACGUGGAAAAGGUGGACGAAGAUGUUGGCGAGUGCUGAAUACAACGUUGUGCAUUUCGCAGGUAGCAAGAGGCGCAAACUUGCACGAACUGGAUGAGCUUGAACAACAACAAGUCGUCCAAGAACAAGUUGUAUCUGAGGACCAGAACGU